AUGUCCUCUUUUCGUUUCAUUCGCUGUUUUGCUACACGUACAAGAGCACCGAAGACCUCAGCAUUUGUCUUCGGUUCAAUGACGCCACUUUCGACUGUUUCUGUAUCUUUUCGUAAUCGAAUUUUCCCUUCUGCUCGCAGUUACACUGCUCAAACCACGGAAAAAAAAGGCGGGAGUGGUGCUUUAUUAUGGAUUGGUGCUGGUCUUAUUGCAGCAGGUGCAGGCUAUUACUUUUUCGUUUAUCCCGAAGCUGGUGUAAAAACUCUUGUCCCCGUAAACAAAGAACCUGAUUAUCAAAAAAUUUAUGAUCAAAUUGCUGAUAUUCUUGAAGACAAUGAUUGGGAUGAUGGUUCAUGGGGACCUGUAUUACUUCGUUUAGCAUGGCAUGCUGCUGGUACUUAUGAUAAAAACACAAAAACUGGUGGUAGUAACGGUGCUACCAUGAGAUUCACACCGGAAUCUGAUCACGGUGCAAAUGCUGGGUUAAAAGCAGCGAGAGAUAAACUAGAAAUUAUUAAAAAAAAUAAUCCGGAAAUAUCAUAUUCAGAUUUAUGGAGUUUAGCGGGUGUUGUUGCUGUUCAAGAGAUGGGUGGGCCUAAAAUUCCAUGGAUACCUGGACGUAAGGAUGCCGAGGCUGUAGCUUGUUCGCCAGAUGGUCGUCUUCCUGAUGCUUCUAAAGGGUCAUCUCAUCUUCGAGACAUUUUCUAUCGCAUGGGAUUCGAUGAUCGAGAAAUCGUCGCACUUGCUGGAGCGCAUGCCCUUGGAAGAUGUCAUCCAGAUCGAUCAGGUUUUGAGGGACCAUGGACUUCGAGUCCCAUAAUGUUCACCAAUGGAUAUUACCAAGAACUUUUAGGGAAGAAGUGGGUAGAAAAAAAAUGGAAAGGACCAAAACAAUUCAUUGAUAAGGAAACAGGUGAACUCAUGAUGCUUCCCGCAGACCUCGCCUUUAUUCAGGAUAAAGCCUUUAAGCCAUACGUGGAACAAUAUGCAAAAAAUGAAGAGUUGUUUUUCAAAGAUUUUGCAGCAGCGUUUCAUAAACUUGAAGAACUUGGUGUACCAAGAACUGGUGAUGAAAAAGUUUAUUAUUUUAAAACUAAAGAAUAA